AUGCAUUCCCGGCAGCUCAAUGCUGUGCAACUUCUCGUGGUGCUUGUCAUACGAGGCGAUGAGAGCGGUGAGCUGGUCGACGUGCUUUGCAUCCGCGCCCGCGGCGCGUACCCGUUCGUCGUAUCUCGCGAGCACGCUGAGCGGUGCCUUGGUGGCAUGGUUGUCCUUGUGGUCUGUGAGAAACUGGAGCACCUCGCCGCGCUGGAGUAUGGCGACGGUAAGGUCCUCGCAUCUGGAAAAAAGGGCGCAAAGAAUCUGGCCGAGGCGGACUUGCAGGACGUCGUUCCGUCGGUAGCGGCGGGCCGUGGCCAGGAGGUUGUUGAUCAAAAGGUCGUUGUCCUCCGUGAGCAGGCGGCGCAAAGAUGGUUCUUCUGGGAGGGUUUCGGCCAUCUCGCGGAUCAUAUCGACGACGGCCAGGCGCCUCGUGCCCAGGACCGGGCGGGCUGUGUCAUUGACGAGCAGGUGGGCAAAGUGGGCAGAAAAGUCGGCUAG